AUGACCGACGACUUUCAGUCCAUCAGCAAGGGCGUGUUCAUCAUCCCCUACCAAGCGCCCGAAUCGGACCAUGAAGCUUCAGAAUCCGAGGCAGGACCGUCUAGACCGCUCAAGCGGCCUCUCAAGCGAUGGUUCGAUGAAGCCUAUGAGACGUAUACCGCUGCUCACGAGACGUACGAGACGGAACGAACAGAUGAGCAGCUCGAAGACAUAGCAGACUGGCUACAAGGCCGGUCUCGGUCAGGCUCAACCUCGGGGGGAGGGCUUCAGUUCGGGUUCAACACUAGAAGAAUACCAGUCGGGGUCAUGCAGGAUGCUUCCCCGCGGCUCACAGCCUUGCUCGGCCAGGUAUCGCACCAUAGGGUCAUCCUUCAGGGAAGGGAGGUGGUCGACCUCGCAGCGGGCAUUCGAGGGGUCGCUGUCGGUCUCACAGGCGAUGCUGCCAAUCUGGGCAAAGGGGGUCGAUCAGGGAUGGACGAGGUCCAGGGGUGGUAUACCGCCUUACCAGCUGCCAAGCGGACACCAUUACUAGUAUACAUCCAGAACGCCCAGCUUGUCCCAGCGUCAACGCUGUCCGAACUCAUCUACGUCCUCUACCUGCGUGCUACUCUACCACUACGCGUUCUGCUGUCCGUGCCGUCCGUGUCCAUCUUCAUGGACUCUUUAUCGCAUAUCGAGCCGAGUGCGGUCGAGGUGGAUGUGCUGGGUCUGGGGAGUAGACGUGCAGGCGGUGGAGUGGUCGGAGCUAUACUGAGAGCUGGGACCGCAUCCCCAAAUGAUCCGUCACUGCACAUCGGCCGAGAUCUAAUGGCGGAGAUCGAGGAGGAUGAGAGGAUGUUUGCAGGAGGUGCCGCUGCCGCUCUCAAGGGGCUCAAGUGGAGACUGUUACAUCAUAGCUUCAACUCGCCGCUCGCUACGAUGGCGACCAGCGGAGAUCAAGCUCUCCAGGACGUCGAAGCGGUGCUGGACGGAGAGGAGGGUGGAAGGCUCGAACAGCUAUUGGAGAUCCAGCCUACUCGUGCGGCUCGAGCGGUCCUGAACCCAGCACCGCGAGUAUCUAUUCUGCAUGCGCUCUCGACUUCGGGCGCUUAUACCGGUCGACUCGCGCGUCACCAGCCGCCACUGCCUGAGCAUGAUGGCGAGACAGCCCAAGCCCACUCGACUCGCGCACCCGUAGAUGAGACGACAGAGACGGCAUCGUCAUCUGUCAAGCGGCGUCAUAUGUCUCGACGUACCAGAAUCACCUCGGUCGACGAAGAAGAGGUCUCUGAAACCGCCCCUCCCUCACCAGCCGUCGGUUCGGUCGAACAAGCGGUCAAUACCUCAGCGGACGAGCGGGGUGAUCUGCGCGAGCUGGAGGUGCUCUUCAACCUUUGGCGCAGCGCGGGACGGAACGUAAACCUCUGGGACUGGCUGGAGGGCUUCAGAGGAAGUCUGAUGGGUGGGAAUGAGAAGCCGGUACGAAAAGAGCAAGAUGCAGGAAACGGAGGUGAGAACGGGCAAGGCGGCGAAGAGGAAGCGGAUGAGGCGAUGGAGGGCAGGGAGCAGGUAGCAGAGCCGGAGGCAAACGAGCGGGCUGAUCUGCCGGAGGAUGAGGUCGAGGCUGAAGAUGAGGAGAAGGCAGCCCGGCUGCAUGCGGUCUUUGUGCGGUUCUGCGAGGAGGCGAGGAUGCUCGGGUUAGUCAGAGCUAGAGGACGAGCCAAGCGGGCGGACGAGGUCGUCAAGUCCAUUGAGCUUGUCUAG